UUGUUGACAGGAAGCGUGUGAAGCGGAGUCACUCCUGCUCCUUCUCCUGCUCCUCCUGCUCCAGCCUGAUACACGGAGGAUUUCUCUCUCUGGUUCAGCCGCUCGGACUAAAACAAUGCCCUGUAGGACCGACCCGGGGCCAAGAUGCAAUGGAGGUCAAUAGUGGUGGGUCUUGUGGUGCUGCGGCUCUCCCUCGGCUGGGUGCUGUGGCUCGCCUUCGGACUGGGACCCAGCGUCAUCUGGGGCUUCAACUUCCAGCUCGGCUUCAACCUGCACCAGCUGGAUGUGCUGUUCGGCGAGGAGAAGGGCAGCGAGCCGGGGGGCAGCGGCUCGUGGUCCCAGCGGGUCCACGGCCCCAGGUUCGAGGAGCCGGCCACCACCUGUUUGAAGCCCGAGGAGGAGGAGGGCUCGCCCCGGAGACGACCCUACCUGAGCUUCUUCGACGGCAACAAGGACGAGUACGUGAGAAGGUACAGCUCGUUCCCCGACCCGCUGAAAGCCAAGAUGAGGGACAUGGCCAGAGACAUGUUCUACUUUGGAUACGACAACUACAUGAAGUACGCUUUCCCCGAGGACGAGCUGAAUCCCAUCGCCUGUAAAGGAAGAGGACCAGACGUGCUGAACCCGUCAAACAUCAACAUAAACGAUGUCUUGGGGAACUACUCCCUGACAUUAAUUGACACCUUAGACACACUGUUGGUGCUUGGCAACGUGACAGAGUUCCAGAGAGCCGUCAAGCUGGUGAUAGCAACUGUAUCUUUCGAUAAGGACUCGACGGUGCAAGUUUUUGAGGCAAACAUUAGGAUCUUGGGAAGCCUCAUCUCCUCUCACAUCCUGCUGACUGACCCAAAACAUCCGUUUGGCAAAGUGAGCAUGGAAGGUUACGAUAAUGAGCUGCUUCACAUGGCUCAUGACUUGGCCGUCCGCUUACUGCCGGCUUUCGAGAACACCAGCACGGGCAUUCCUUACCCCAGGGUGAACCUGAAGACUGGGGUCCCCGCUGACAGCAUCAAUGAGACUUGCACUGCAGGAGCUGGGUCCCUGCUGGUGGAGUUUGGGAUCCUGAGCCGCUUGAUCGGCGAUUCCACAUUUGAGUGGGUAGCCAGACGAGCAGUUAGAGCUCUGUGGAAACUGAGGAGCAAUGAAACCGGUCUGUUAGGUAAUGUGGUUAAUAUCCAAACGGGCCAGUGGGUCGGGAAGCAGAGUGGCCUCGGAGCUGGUAUGGACUCAUUCUACGAGUACCUGCUGAAAUCAUACAUCCUUUUUGGGGAGAAAGAGGACUACAGGAUGUUUCAAGCUUCUUAUGAGAGCAUACAGAACCACAUGAGGAGAGGGAGAGAGUCGUGUAAUGAAGGCGAGGGUGACCCGCCUCUCUACGUUAAUGUGAACAUGUUCAGUGGGGAAAUUAUGAACACCUGGAUUGACUCUCUUCAGGCCUUCUUUCCUGGGCUGCAGGUGCUCAAUGGUGAUGUAGAUAACGCCAUUUGCCUACAUGCUUUCUACUAUGCCAUCUGGAAGCGCUUCGGGGCGUUGCCGGAGAGAUACAACUGGCAGCUGCAGGCUCCUGACGUGCUCUUCUACCCCUUGAGACCAGAGCUGGUGGAGUCGACCUAUCUGUUGUACCAGGCGACCAAAAAUCCUUUCUACUUGCAUGUUGGAAUGGAUAUUCUCCAGAGCCUUGAGAAAAAUGCCAAAGUCAGAUGUGGUUACGCCACUCUCCACCACGUCGUUGACAAAUCCAAAGAGGAUCGUAUGGAGAGCUUCUUCCUCAGUGAGACCUGCAAAUACCUGUUCCUGCUGUUUGAUGAUGACAACCCACUUCAUCACUCCGAUAACAAGUACAUCUUCACCACAGAGGGCCACGUCGUGCCUAUAGACAAGCGCUUCAGGGAGAAGCAGUGGAAUGAUUUGUAUCCGUGCGAGGAGGGGGCACUGGCAGAAACAGAGCCCAACUCCCGGCCACCUUCCAGCAACAUGAGCAAUUGUAGCAGGAUCCCAGAGGAGCGGCGGUACACUCUGCCACUGAAGAGUGUCUACAUGAGGCAGAUCGACCACAUGGUGGGACUUUUCUAAAAGGACGCUUGUGGUGACAGUGGCAUAAAGUGGCCUUCAGUUCGCCUCCUGAAGUGCAGAGGCAGUGAGGUUAGAAAAGAUCGAGUGGUGGUCAAGCGCCUCGGCCCAUCUGUUCUGCUGCUCAGGAUCCAGACAAGGAACUGACUCUAAGGGAAACCAGUUUAAUUAAUUGCCGUAUUAUUAAAAGUUUGUGUUGGGGUGCUUUGUCUUCUGGGUGUGAAAGCAUGUGCUCAACAAAGACAGAGAAAGAGGAGUCAUGCUUCACUGAGUUUUGCCUGGUGAUGAAUGGAGAUUGUGGUUUUCUGUUGUGUGUCUGUGGAGCAAAACAUAUCUGUUCAGGCAUGAGUGUGUGUACUGUGUGUGUGCAUGUGAGUGAGUGAGAGAGAGUGAACUGAAAGCUAAGCUAUGAAUAAUAAUGAUGUGUUUAUGGGAACAGUGCCACCUAGCCACACAUAUGUAAAAUGUAUAGCCUAUAAAAACUCACCUCUAAAGCUUUUUUUCUAAACAUUAUGAUUAGUGCCUCUAUGCAGUUGACUCACUUGAGUAGAUCUGUGCUUUUAAAUAAGGGCUUCACACUAACAUAUAAUGACAGGUGAUAACUCAUGCACACACUGUAAAACCCUGCCUAUUGUGAGGCUGUAGUCAACUUUAGAUUGUGCCUGUAGGAAACUUGGCUCGAGUCUCUGAUUUACUACAGAAUUAGUGUGUUCUUCUUCUAGAUUGGGAUUAACUAUAUUUUAACAAUUUUAAAGCAACACCAUGUAACUUUUCCUGAGCAACAGCGCCCUCUGCAGACACACGUGAUUAUUUUGUCGGGCUUUGUGUACAAACGAUGAAGUGGACUGAAACACAACUGAACGGUGGAUAUUACCCAGGAUCCCUGGCUUCAUGAAGCAGAGGAGCUGCUUCAAGUUUUUAGUUUUUAAUGACGUCUUUUUAACUGAUCAACACCUUAGCAUUAUUCUUGCUAGGCCUGACUCAUUGGUUGUCUUUCAGAGCGAACUAGCUCACCAAAGUUUCACAGAGCAAGAACAGAUAUUCGGGGUGAGCAGUGGGAAUGGAAGCUGCACCAUUCUCUUCAGUUCAUGUCAGUGAACAACACAAAAUAAUUUUGAAGCUGCUAUUUUAGGUUUAAAAAGUUGCAUUUUGUUGCUUUAAAAAGAGCCUCUGUCUUGCUUUUGUUAUGCAAAUGUUCACGGAAAACUUAACAAAGACUAACAGACAACUUGAACUGCUUCCUGCCUGCCACACUAAUGAAGACUGAAGUGUUCAUCUCUCAGGCUUUUAGUUACUCGAUGUCUUACAAAGGGCAAACAGAUGUGCCAUGACGUUGUGCGUGUGUGUGUGUGUGAGAGUGACGGUACGACACGUUCAGGAUGACUGUUUUAAAGUGCCUUCUCUGUCUUUCUGGAUGCUGCUGUACAGUGCAUAUUAGUCGUGGUUAACAUUGUCCCAUUUUUUAUUUUUUUUUUUAAGGCCACUGAUGAUGUCGCACAACAGGUGUCAUUCCAUGUGUGACACUGAUAAUGACAUGAAGCUCCCUUUUAGACAUGACGAGAAAAGCCAUAAACACAUUUUUAUUUUAAUGUUAGUAUGUGAAAACAUAUCAUUCUUCUGUCCGACAUCUUUAGUACACACACUUUUUUUUUUAGAGAUGACGAACAUUUGUUGUUCCUCUCUCACAUUAUUGCACAUCAUAUCUAUUAAUUUUCAUGUGGUGAGAACUCAGGGUUUAAUGGAAAAACGUUAAGCAGUGAAUGCUUUUAUUAAAAGAAACAAACACUUUCUUGAAAUGUUGUUGCCUAAAAUGUCUUAGGAUAGCCUUAGGUAUUUAUAUUGCAACUUGUUACAACUUGUGAAUCCGAGGUUGAAGAAUAAUCGCACUGAACCGAAGUACAGUCCUACUGUGAAUAUUCAUUCAUGUCUUAAACACAGAAAGGCAAACGCCAUCUCCUUCACGUUGAUCUUUGAUUUAAUGUGUUUUGUGACUGAUGCAUCUUUUACCGAACAUCCUGAGAAUCUGAAGCUCAGCAGAGUCUCGGGCUGUGGCGCUCGCUUCCAUCGUUUCACCAGCAUUUUCUUUGUCUUUGGGAGACAGCUGUUCAGUUCUCAAGUGUUUUAGGAACUACUUCAGGUGACAGCAAUGACAUGUCUGAGAUUGCAAAGUGGUGGACUUGACAAAACCCACCUUGUCUCAGAUCAUCAACAUAUUGGGGAAAUGCACUUGUUUACUUUCUUGCUGAGAGAUGGAUUAGAAGAUGAAUGAUACUUGAUUCAAGUCUGGGGCCUGUUUCAUUAAAACAAUUUGAGGGAGCUGCUCAGAAAAUGGCAGACGAAAUCUGCAGGGGGUCGGCAGUUUGAUAAUGAUUAGCUCAAAACCUGACUCGGCCGGGGUUUUAUAUGUUGAAUUAGCAUGUUCCUGUGUCUGUGUGGUCAAAAUUGGCCUUAGGUACGAGUGUGAAUGUUAAGCCAAGCAAACUGUAUCUUCCUAUUUACACUUUAAUCUUCUCAUCCAUCUAUUAGGGAGAAAGCAAAAAAGGUCUAUUUCAAAAAUAAAGGUCAAACUCUUGAUUUGAAUCAGUAUGAAAUAAAAGAGAUCAAUAAAUGACAGAUAAUGACCAAGA